GCCGUGCCCGCGUCCCGUGCGGCCGCCAUGUUGUUGUGGCUGUGAGAGGCGGCGGAGGCAGCCCCGGAGCCCAGCGACCCCGGCCCCAGGCAGGAGGCCGCGCCCCGGGAGGGGGUGUGGGGGCUCCGCGCCAUGCCCUGCCCCGCGCUGCCGAUGUGAGGUAUCAGAAGAGCAUCAUCUGGAACUUUCUGGGACAAAGAGCUCUGUUUUAUUCUCUCGUAUUCUUUGAUUUUAAUAGUAAGUGAAGAAGAGCCCCAAAGUGUUGUGACUAAAGACGAGGAGUUCUCCUCCUAUCCAGGGCCUGUCAUGGAUGAAGAGACUCAGCACAGCCUUGAAUGCAUCCAGGCUAAUCAGAUUUUUCCCAGGAAGCAGCUGAUCCGGGAGGAUGAGAACCUGCAGGUCCCAUUCAUUGAACUUCACGGGGAGAGUACGGAGUACGUGGGACGAGCGGAGGAUGCCAUCAUUGCACUUUCUAAUUACAGGCUUCACAUCAAAUUCAAGGAGUCUGUUGUGAAUGUCCCGUUGCAGCUUAUAGAAAGUGUUGAGUGCCGCGAUAUAUUUCAGCUUCAUUUGACUUGCAAAGACUGCAAGGUUAUAAGGUGUCAGUUUUCUACUUUUGAGCAGUGUCAGGACUGGCUGAAGCGACUGAACAACGCCAUCCGCCCCCCCUCCAAGAUAGAGGACCUCUUCUCCUUCGCCUACCACGCCUGGUGCAUGGAGGUGUACGCCAGCGAGAAGGAGCAGCACGGCGAUUUGUGUCGGCCGGGAGAACACGUAACUUCAAGGUUUAAAAAUGAAGUGGAGCGGAUGGGGUUCGAUAUGAACAAUGCCUGGAGGAUUUCCAACAUCAAUGAGAAGUACAAGCUCUGCGGCAGUUACCCCCAGGAGAUCAUCGUUCCUGCCUGGAUCACGGACAAGGAGCUGGAGAGCGUGGCAAGCUUUCGGUCCUGGAAACGUAUCCCUGCUGUUGUGUACAGGCACCAGAGCAAUGGGGCCGUCAUUUCCCGCUGUGGGCAGCCCGAGGUCAGUUGGUGGGGCUGGAGGAAUGCGGAUGAUGAACACCUUGUCCAGUCCGUGGCCAAAGCCUGUGCCUCAGAUUCGAGGUCCAACAGUAACAAAUUAAUGAAUGGCAAUUGUUCCAGAGACUUCUCCAAUGGAGGGGACCUCUCUGAUGUGGAAUUUGAUUCCUCAAUCUCCAACGCGUCAGGAGCAGAGAGCUUGGCCAUCCAGCCUCAGAAGCUUUUGAUCUUGGACGCCCGGUCUUACGCAGCGGCGGUGGCCAACAGAGCCAAAGGCGGAGGCUGUGAGUGCCCAGAGUAUUACCCAAACUGUGAAGUGGUGUUCAUGGGGAUGGCCAACAUUCAUUCCAUCCGGAAGAGCUUUCAGUCGCUGCGUUUACUCUGCACACAAAUGCCAGAUCCAGGAAAUUGGCUAUCGGCUCUGGAGAGCACCAAGUGGCUGCAGCACUUGUCCGUGCUCCUGAAAUCCGCGCUGCUGGUGGUUCACGCCGUGGACCGCGACCAGCGGCCGGUGCUGGUGCACUGCUCGGACGGCUGGGACCGCACGCCCCAGAUCGUGGCGCUGGCCAAGCUGCUGCUCGAUCCCUAUUACAGGACCACGGAGGGUUUCCAGGUGCUAGUGGAGACGGAGUGGCUGGAUUUUGGCCACAAGUUUGCCGAUCGCUGUGGCCAUGGUGAGAAUUCGGAUGACCUAAAUGAGCGCUGCCCAGUGUUUUUACAGUGGCUGGACUGCGUCCAUCAGCUCCAGAGGCAGUUCCCUUGCUCUUUCGAGUUUAACGAAGCAUUCCUUGUGAAACUGGUGCAGCACACCUACUCCUGCCUCUUUGGUACAUUCCUGUGCAACAACGCGAAAGAGAGAGGAGAGAAACACACUCAGGAACGGACCUGUUCUGUCUGGUCUCUGCUGCGGGCAGCAAACAAAGCCUUCAAAAACCUGCUCUACUCCUCCCAGUCUGAAUCCGUGCUGUACCCCGUGUGCCACGUGCGGAAUUUGAUGCUCUGGAGCGCCGUGUACCUGCCCUGCUCCUCCCCCUCCACCCCCGCAGACGACACCUGUGCCCCGUACCCCGUGCCAGGCUCCAGCCCUGAAGACCAGCCUCUGGGCAGGUUACCAAAGACAAGAUCCUUUGACAAUCUGACGACAGCCUGCGAUAGCAGCGUGCCCACCGCCAACCGCCGCAGCAGCGACCCCAGCCUCAACGAGAAGUGGCAGGAGCACCGGCGGUCGCUGGAGCUGAGCAGCCUGGGCAACCCUGGGGAGGAGCCCUUCGACGGGGACGGCCUGGGCAAAGCGGGCAGGGCUCCUCUGGGAGCAGAGCUCUCCGUGGCCGCCGGCGUGGCGGAGGGACAGAUGGAGAACAUUCUGCAAGAGGCCACUAAGGACGACGUUGGUCUGGAGGAGCACCUGAGGGGUAACCUGGAGACAGCAGGUAAAGGGGACGAGGUUGCCCUGGAUAAGGAGAAGAGAACUGAAAAUCUGCAUGUCUGUGAGAAGGCUGAGGAGGACGAAGGUAUCGCAACGAACAAUCCGGCGUCCAACCCACAUCCAGUUUCACAAGGUGCUUCUGAGCUCAAAGGCCAGCAGGACGAGCACGCUGAUCUCAGCAACGCUCUCCAGAAGCUACCUCAGGGGAAAGGACUGCAGGCAGCUCCCUUGGAGGGCUGUGUGAACAGAGAGGCUCAGCAGCAGCCGGAGGAGGAAGGUGUUGGCAAAGCUGAAGGCGAAGCAGAGAGCCCGUCCCACGCAGCACCGGCCGGCCUUCCCUUCCCUCUCACAGCCCCCUACGAGGCAAGAACAUCCAACGUUGAAAGUUCUACCGAAACCUUAACAGAGAAUGAAGCAAAGCAAGAGCUCCUUCCUAAGAGUCCUUGCCACAGACCUCACCGGAUGGACAACAGCGCUGACGGGCUUUCUCGAACUGUUGACCAUAGGCCAGAGGGGGAGAGCGUGCUAGAACUUCAAAAACUGGGAACAAAAGUGCAUAGGACUUCUGGUAGCAGCAACACACACAUCCCGAUGCCUUCCCCUUGUGCCUUGCCUUUAGCUGAAUGUAAGGAUGAGAUUGUGUGUAACGGGGAGCUGGAGCCCGAGAACAAGCUGGCGGAGAGGUCUGCGGGGUUCAGCAUCCCCCAGAAAUACCACGCGGCGAACGGGCACUGCCUGAACGGGGAGGACGGCCGGAUCAAAGCCUCGCUGAGCCGGCAGGUCUCCGCCGCCAGCUGCAGCUCCGCGCAGUUUCACUUGAGGAACUUGCACCAGAAGUGGAUGUUCAGUCACCUGGGUAAGCAGCAGGCAGCCGGGAGCCCGGAGCAACCCGCCAGAAGCCACCUGGACGAUGACGGGAUGCCCGUCUACACCGACGUCAUCCAGCAGCGCCUGCGCCAGAUAGAAACCGGCCACCAGCAGGAGGUGGAGACCUUGAAGAAGCAAGUGCAGGAGCUGAAGAGCCGGUUGGAGAGCCAGUUCCUCAACAGCUCCCUGCGGCUCAACGGCGACUACGGAGACGAAGUGACUUCUAUCCCCGACUCGGAAAGCAAUCUGGAUCAGAACUGCUUGUCUCGCUGCAGCACAGAGAUUUUCUCUGAAGCCAGCUGGGAGCAGGUGGAUAAACAGGACACAGAGGUGACGCGGUGGCUCCCGGACCACCUGGCAGCGCACUGCUACGGCUGCGACAGCGCCUUCUGGCUGGCCAGUCGGAAGCACCACUGCAGGGACGUUGAACGCGUUGGUCAGAUCUGGAAUUGUGGAAACGUGUUCUGCUCCAGUUGCUGUAACCAGAAGGUGCCCGUUCCCAGCCAGCAGCUCUUCGAGCCCAGCAGAGUCUGCAAAUCCUGCUAUCGCAGCUUGCACCCCAGCGGCUCCAGCCUUGACCUCGAACUGGACAAACCCAUCACUGCCACCUCCAAUUGA